UGUCUGCCACUUCACCGAUCCUGAACACUGAGGAUGGAGACGUCGGUGAAAGCAACGAAUUUGUUGGUGCCGCCCCAGGCUGACGAGGCAUCAUCCUCCCCAGACGCUGAGGGCACCGAGGGGGAUGUUGCGGCUGCAGCUGGCAGCUCCUCCUCCGACUUCUUCGACCCCAUGAAGGAGUUCAGCAGACGCCUAGAGGACAUCAUCAGCACAUACAGCUCCACAGCCAACCCCCUGGAUGGACAGAGUGCAGUGGAGGUGGAGCUGGAAAAGAAUGAGGAAGCAAAAGAGGACGUCACAGGUGCAGUGGAUACAGAGGUCUCUCUGGUCCUGCAGAGUCUGGACAACCUCUCUUCUCCAGAGGAGAAACUGGAGAGCCUGGUCAGGAAAUAUGCUAAACUGGCAGUCCUGCAGCGCUGUGAUGAGAAGCAGCUGAGUGGUCUGCGGCGCACGUUGUCUGUGCUGCUGGAGGACAGACGGCAGCUGCAGGCCGAGCAGUGCAGCAGCGCUGCAGCUCGCAGCAAACUGGAGGCUCUGUGCAGAGAGCUGCAGCGACACUACGGCGUACUGAUGGAGGACACCCUUCAGCGCUGCAGGGAGGAUGAGGAGAAGAGGAACGAGAUGACCUCCCACUUCCAGAAGAUGCUGACAGAAAUCCAGGUUCAGAUCGAGCAGCACAACGCCCGAAACGACAAGCUGUGCCGCGAAAACACCAACCUGACCGAUAAACUGGAGAGUCUGAUGAACCAGUGCGAGCUGAAGGAGGAGAGUUUGGAGAAGAUCAACCGGCACCGCGACCUGCAGCAGAAACUGACCGAAGCCAAACUGCAGCAGGCCAACGUUCUGCUGGCCGAGGCCGAGGAGAAACACAAGAGAGAGAAGGAAUAUUUACUGGUUCAGGCUGCUGAGUGGAAACUGCAGGCUCAGACACUCAGAGAGCAGGGGACUGUCAUGCAGGCACAGCUGACCCUCUACGGCCAGAAGUUCGAUGAGUUCCAGGAGACUCUGGCCAAAAGCAAUGAAAUCUACGUCCACUUCAAACAGGAGAUGAAUAAUAUGUCAGACAAGAUGAAGAAGCUGGAGAAAGAGUCGAAUCUGUGGAAGACUAGGUUUGAGAACUGCAACAAGGCUCUGACUGACAUGAUAGAAGAGAGGACAGAGAAAGGCAAAGAGUACGACCUGUUUGUCCUGAAGAUUCAGAGGCUGGAGAAGCUGUGUCGCGCCCUGCAGGAUGAGAGGGCAGUCCUCUAUGACAAGAUCAGAGAAGUCCGCCAAGCUAACUCCAACCUCCCAGCAAAGCUCUUCGGCACCUCUAACCCUGACAACAACCCUGAGGCUGAAAACACAUCUGACCUCCUGACUGCUGCCGAGGCCCAGGAGAUCCAAGAGGAGGAUGUGGUCCUGACAGAGGACAUGGCUCGUCUGCGGGAGGAGCAGACCAAGCUGCAGAAGUUUGCCGCCUCCCUGUUGGCCUCACCCUCAGACAAUGACGAAGACAAUGAUGAUAUAGACCUUGAAGAAGACAUAGUGGCUUCUGCUUUUGUCCAGUUCAAAACCAAAGCGAAGGUCAAAGAAGAGCCGGUUUCAGUCCCUGAGCAGAUGGUAGACGUGAAAUCGGAGGCAGCAGAGCCUAACCUCCCACAGCCAGAUAAAACUGAGGAGGUUCAAAAGCCACAUGUGUCAACACCAGAAGCUCUGACACCUGAGGACAAGACUUCUGAAACAAUACCAACAGAACCAAAGCUAGAAGCAGAAAAGGUCCAAAUACAAGUCAAACCCACUGAGGAGAUCCAGCAGCAGCAGGAGGAAGUGACACCAGAGGCUGAAGUUAAGACUGGUCCUCCAGCAGAGCCAAAGCCAGAAGCUGAAAUGCAAAUCGAGGUCAAAGACGUGCAACAAGUCAAACCUGCUGAGAAGAUUCAGCAGCAGCAGGAGCUGACACCAGAGGCUGAAAAAGUCCAGAUCGAUUCACCAACAGACCCGAAACCUGAAGCAGCAGAGGCUACAAUCCUGGAGGAGACGGGUGAGGUCAAACCAGUGGUACCAGUGGAAGAGGAGAAGGUCCAGCAGCAGCCCAGUGAACCUGUGCAGGUAUCAGCUGAAGCACCAAACAAGUCAAAGUCAACUCCACUGUCUGAACACACUAAGAAUGCUGCCUCCCCCACAAAGCAGACGCCAAAGAAAAAGAAGAAGAAUAAGGGCGGCAAAAAUGCUAGCUAGAGUUUAGGACAUGCAGGAGGUGUGUGUGUGUGUUUGUGUGUCAGUCAUAGAUUCCCUUUGCACCUUUGUAAACUUUAAAAUCCUUAGUUUGUCCAAGCUGGUGGUCACUGGUACAGAGUCAGUGUUACCACAAGAGGACAGACAAAUACAGUGACUGUAUUUUACAGUUUGAACGUCUCAGUGAAGACCGAGGGAAGGAAAGGCCUCACUGACAGGAACUGUUCAUGUUAACACAAGUAAAAAGAAAGGUGUCUGCCUUCUUCC